AUGAAUAGAUCAGAAUCUACAACACCAGUUCCAACCACAACAACAUCUAAAUCUACAACACCAACUGAACCUACUGCUACAACUGAAGCGCCAACUACAUCCACAAUGUCUACAACACCACCUACUAAACCUACAACAACAACAACUGAAUCUACUACUACAACUGAAGUGCCAACUACAACCACAAUGUCCACAACACCAACUAAACCUACAACUACAACUGAAGUUCCAACUACAACCACAGAAUCUACAACACCAGUUCCAACCACAACAACAUCUAAAUCUACAACACCAACUGAACCUACUACUACUACUGAAGCGACAACUACAAAAACACCAAAGACUACAACAACACCAACUGAAUCUACUGCUACAACUGAAGUGCCAACUACAUCCACAAUGUCUACAAUACCACCUACUAAACCUACAACAACACCAACUGAAUCUACUACUACAACUGAGGUGCCAACUACAACCACAGUAUCUACAACAACACCAGUCACAGUAUCUACGACUCCUUCAACAACUACUCCUGCUCCCUGUAAUACUAAAAUGAAUAGAUGUGAGUGGUCAGAGUGGUAUGAUGUGUAUGACCCAAAAAAUGACAACAGUGACUUGGAAACAUAUGAGAACAUCAGAAAUAGCGGUAAACAGGUAUGUCAAGAUCCGAGCAACAUUGAAUGUGGAUCGACAGUUGACACUAGGAAAAACUUCAAUGACUUUGUGAGUGAAACUGGCCAAGUUGUUACUUGUGAUCUGAAAAAUGGUUUAACAUGUCAACAAAAGGACCAGAUAAGUCCUCCACUGAAGUGCUUUAACUAUAGGAUCAGAGUACAAUGUUGUAAAAUGGUAGAUGAACCAUGUACAACUACUCCCGUCACUACUAAACCUAGUACUACAACUGAAGUUCCAACUACAACCACAGAAUCUACAACACCGGUUCCAACCACAACAACAUCUAAAUCUACAACUCCAACUGAACCUACUACUACAACUGAAGUGACAACUACAAUCACAAGAUCGACAACACCACUAACUAAACCUACUGCUACAACUGAAGCGACAACGAUAACAACACCAAAGACUACAACAACACCAAGUGAAUCUACUGCUACAACUGAAGCGCCAACUACAUCCACAUGUCUACAACACCACCUACUAAACCUACAACAACACCAACUGAACCUACUACUACAACUGAAGUUCCAACUACAACCACAGAAUCUACAACACCAGUUCCAACCACAACAACAUCGAAAUCUACAACACCAACUGAACCUACUACUACUACUGAAGCGACAACUACAACAACACCAAAGACUACAACAACUCCAAUUGAAUCUACUGCUACAACUGAAUUGCCAACAACAUCCACAAUGUCUACAACACCACCUACUAAACCUACAACAACAC